GCAAAAAAACAAAAAAAAAAACAAAACAAAACAAAGCAAAACCGAAAGAGAAGAAGAAAUGGCAGAGACGGCGUCGAGUGGUGAAGAAGCUUCGGCUUCAGCACCAGCACCAGCACCAGUAUCAGUAUCAGCAUCAGCAUCAGCAUCAGAUUCUUCAGAGCAGCAGCAAAAGAAAGAAGCUUUAUCUUCAUCUGAAUCAUCGUCAUCUUCUUCAACAUCAAUAGCAUCAAUGGCAGAGGAUCUGCAACGCACUGUGAUCGAAUCCACUCGUUCUCUCCAACACAACUCUUCCACUCAUCUCCGUACCUUACAGGACUUUGUACCACAUGCUUUAUCUCAGUACAGAAGCUAUGAAGAUGCUUUCGUCUCCAAAAUUAAAGAUGAGGUAAUGCGUGUGAGGGAACAUCCAGCUGAGGCUGCUGGGAUUGCCUUAACCUCUGCUUUCAUUCUUCUUCCAGGUCCGAGAAGGUUCUUGUUUCGUCAUACAUUCGGUCGACUACAAAGUGAGGAGGCACAGUUUGUUAAAGCAGAGAAGAAUGUAAAGGAUUUUAAUAUUUCAGUUGAUCUAAUGAAGAAGGAGAGCAAAAAAUUGCUUGAAAGGGCAGAACUCGCUGAAAAGGAUAUGAAAUACGGCCAUACUGAGCUCAGGAAUGCUGGAAGUCAAAUUCAACGCCUUGCGAAAUCAGUCUACAAGGUUGAAACUCAAGCUGCAGAUUUGAUGGAUGGGCUGCGAGAAAUCCCCAGUAGGGAAGCUUUGAAACUUCGAGCAGAGGUUGCUACUAUGACAGCACAUCUGAAGCGGCAGAGGACUGCAAUAAACAAACGGAUAAUGAAGAUUUCUGAUUUGGGGGUUCCUGUGUGAUUAAUAAGAAGAAUAUCUUGAUGAACCCUGCCUCCCGCUCCUUUUUUUUUUUUUUUUUCCUCUCUUCUUCAUUCAACCCCUGUAAUGCAAAAGGAAAGGAGAUGUGUAAUAAGGGAGGAUGUUGGGGCUUUCAUUUUCUGACAUUCGUAGUUCUGAUAGUUAAAAUCAAUUUUGGUUUCAGUUGGCUUAGUUUGUAUACUUUUUGGUUACUUUAUAUUGUUGAACACAAACACUAGCAGAUAAUUCUGCUUGAUAAUUUGUCACUACCCCUCACCCUCUCCCAGUAUAAUCAUUUCAGUUGGCAGGCAUCAACUGAAUACUUCUUUGA